UCUCCUUUCUUCAACUGAAGAAAUUGCUCCGCUCCAACAAGGCCUGCUUCUUCUGCUCGCCAUCUUCCCACUGGUCAGCGACCUCAUGCUCUUGACCGGCGAUCGAGCUUUCAGAGCGAGUCUCUCGAAGAUGGAACCUCACAGAAGCUCGCUCGUCGUGCUCCACAACGCCAUGAUCGUCACCAUGGACUCCGAGAGCCGCGUCUACGGAAACGGCGCCAUCGUCAUCGAGCGCGACAGGAUCAAAGCCAUCGGCCAUUCGGUCGACCUUCUUCGCCAGUUCGGCGACGUCGCCGGCGAAGUCAUCGACCUUCGCGGCCAGAUUCUACUCCCAGGUUUUGUCAACACGCAUGUGCACACGUCUCAGCAGUUAGGCCGAGGGAUAGCCGACGACGUCGAUCUGGUGACUUGGUUGCACGACCGGAUAUGGCCUUAUGAGGCCAGCAUGACCGAGGAGGAUUCCUACAUUUCCACUCUGCUUUGCGGAAUCGAGCUCAUUCACUCCGGUGUCACUUGCUUUGCUGAGGCAGGAGGGCAGCAUGUUCCUGGAAUGGCUAGAGCGGUGGAAUCACUUGGCUUACGUGCAUGCUUGGCUCAGUCUGUCAUGGACUCCGGUGAGGGUUUGCCGGCAUCUUGGGCUGUUCGAACUGCACAGGACUGUAUGCAGUCACAGAAGGAGCUCUAUGAGAAGCAUCAUGAUACUGCUGAUGGACGUAUUAGAAUAUGGCUUGGAAUCAGGCAAAUUAUGAAUUGCACUGAUGAACUACUACUUGCAACGAGGGAUACCGCAAGAGAAUUGAAAACCGGAAUUCACAUGCAUGUUGCAGAGAUACCCUAUGAGAAUCAGCUGGUAACUGAGACACGGAAUGUUGAUCAUGGAACGGUAACAUACCUGGAGAAGGUUGACUUCUUACAGGACAAUUUGCUUACAGCUCAUACAGUUUGGGUGAACAGUACUGAGGUUGGUUUUCUUUCACAAGCUGGAGUUAAAGUUUCUCAUUGCCCCGCUGCUGCAAUGAAAAUGCUGGGAUUCGCACCUAUUACGGAGAUGCUUGACGCUGGAAUCUGUGUUUCAUUAGGAACGGAUGGUGCGCCAUCAAACAACAGAAUGAGCGUUGUUGAUGAGAUGUACCUAGCUUCACUUAUAAACAAAGGACGUGAAGUUUUCAAAAAUGGCGUAACUGAUCCUACGGCACUUCCUGCUGAAACUGUGCUCAGAAUGGCAACAAUAAAUGGUGCUAAGUCAGUACUCUGGGACGAUGAAAUUGGUUCACUUGAGGUUGGGAAAAAGGCUGACAUGCUCGUGAUCAAUGCUUCCACUUGGCAUAUGGUUCCUCUUCAUGACUGCAUUUCUGGCCUUGUAUAUUGCAUGAGAACUGAAAACAUUGAUUCUGUGAUGUGCAAUGGUCAGUGGAUUAUGAAGGACAAAAGGAUUUUAUCAGUCAAUGAGGUAAUGUUCCGAGCCUAUUCAAUUGAUUGCAUGCAACUAAUUCACCGGGGUCAAAUUGAGACUAUGUUUUUACUCCUUAUGCCUUCAAGGUCAUGUUUGUGUGGAUCAUGCCAUCAUUUUCAAUUGCCUUUCUGUAAUCCAUUGCUUUGUUUCUUUUCUACUAAGAAGCAUGAAGCUUCACAAAGUUUGUCUUCCUUCUUUUCUCUACCUGCUUGGUUAUCGAACUAUUUUGGUUCUAUCUUUUGGCAGCUACCAAAAUUUUGUAGUUGGUCUUUCUGAUGAGACGUUGAUAUUUGCUCUAGUUCUUCUCUUCUUUCUAGCCAUUUUCACGAGGUAUUUAAUUUAUGAUCCAUGUGCAGUGUCCCAGGUUUAAGAAAGCUUC